AUGAGCGAGCAAGCAUGGUUGUUGUGCGGCGUGUGCUGCUGCCUAUGUAGUGUUCGUGUCGAGUUCAGAGACAAACUCCAGAAACUGCUUGACGAUGGAGGCGUCGAUACCGAGACCGCACAGGUGCUCUUCCGACACUACGACAUUGUCGAAUGUGUUGAUAUGCUCUACCUCCGCAUCCGCAACCCGGAGAAAGCUCGAUAUACGCCUGAAGAGGCAAAGGCCGUGAACGUCCAAGUAACUUCAUGGAACGAACAGAAGCCAAUCUUCUUCCAGCAAAUGUCGGAGCGCGACUUUGAAUCAUACGACUUGAUAUCUCCUUUUGAGGUACGCUCUUUGUUCAACCGUGACAGCGAAAUAGAGUACGUUUCUUACGUCCAUUCAAUGCUGGGAUCAUCCAUACUCGGUUCAAAGCAUCGCCAAGAUCAAGAUGACUUGCUUGACCACACUGGAUGGCACUCAGAAAGAAAUACGUGGCGUCGAAAAUCCAUUUUAGACACUGCACAUCCCCGCCGUGGAGAGAGCGCGUAUGGCUGGCUUGCCGCCGAAAUGCUGGGCAGAAAGGAUGUUCCGCAUACGAUCGCCUACUCAUUGCAUGAGUGCCAUGAUUCAGACCACAUCCUACGAAGCGAGUUAAUGAUUCUACUGAGAAUCAUCCAAACGAAGAGGAGGCGCCCCGAAUGGUACCCUCAUGAUCUCACACCUGUUCUCUUGGUCUCCAUCAGGGCCUUUGCGUUUCGUAUCAUGGAAGGCUACUUUGACGGCUCAAAGCUUGUCAUCAACAUGAGCGAUGCCAUUCCUGUGAAAGUGGGAGAAGAGCAAACCUCACAGCAGAAAAAGGUUAAUGGGGUUCUGAGGUGGAUCGGCUCAAAGCCGGUUGGAGAUACUUUGAGGUUCAAGGCGCCUUUCAAGGAUUAUUAG